GUUUAACCACCACCCAAGUUUAGCUCUCUCUCUAUGGGUGUGUCACUUUAACUGUAAUAUGAUAACCAUAUGACCAAUAGGAAGAGAAAAACAGAUCAUACAAAUUAUUUGCUUUUCUUCCUCAAACUACAGCGAAUGAAAAGUUCUCACUGUGAGGCCAGCAGAGAUCCACUCUAGUUGAGAGUUUGAGCAGGGAAGCAAGCUACAGUCCAACAAUAGCGGAACAGCUCUACAUGUUGUACUGGUAUUUGUUGUGCACUGAAUAAUAACAAUACCAGCAAAGAUGGCCAGCCAGCUACAGAAGAUUGUAUCAGAGAAGAAGAACAUGGUAGAGACUGUAAUGGAAGUGUUUGAACAGGGAGCUGAGGUGGUGGCCAGUAUUGCAGGUGACCUCUUCCCUAUUUUCGCCAUCGCUGCUCCCAUCGUGAAAUUGGCCCUGGACAAUGUGGAGAGUAAGGAAGCUAUGUUCAUGAAGGAGCAGUUCCAAAAGGUUCGUGAACACCUGGAGGUGAUUUCAGAGGAGAUGCAGCGAAUUAACGAGGAAAUCAAGAAGAGCGGUGCGGACGCUGCCUACUUUUCUGUAGAGGAGAACAUAUCUAACCAGUUCCGCAAGUACAUGGACAUCCUCAAUGCCAAACCCAAGUUUCGUGAGGUCAAAAAGAAGCUUUUCAUGGAGCAUUUCGUCAAAACAGGUUGCGACAAAAACCUACAUACCCUCUACAGUGCCGUGACGGGAGACAACUUCUCUGGAGAGUCAGUGUUGGAGAUUACUCUUAACUAUGAGGAGAAAAGUCGACGAGCCAUGGAAGACUUCUGUGCCAGGUUGAAGAACCUCUUUUGCAUAGGCCUCAUCGCUCUGAUGGGUUACACCGCACUAAAGGACUGUGAUGACGAAGCGAAGCUUCUUCAAGACUGGGGUGAAAAGAUGAAGGAGGUACAGGUGAAAAUGAAUGCUGUCAUCGAGGACUGCAUCACCAGCUUCUCCAAGCAGGCUGAACUGGAUUCCCGGAGGUUGGUUAGGGACCAUUCUGACCUGAGCAACCAGCAGCUGGCUGACGCCAUUUUGGAGAAGCUUAAAAAAAAGUAUGACUGGGUGUGCUGGUCUGUCCGUAUAUUCAGCUCCCCUUCGGGCCUGUUCUCAAACAAAAAUAACAUCCAGUGCCCCACAGGAAAAAAUCGCUUUCAGGUGCCAGCGACAGACAAGAAGCUGAACAUCAUGGUGUCCUACAGUGCCUCACCCGAGCCUCUGAACAAGGCCCACAUCCAGCAGCUGAUCCAGGGUCAGAAGAAACUCACCGUAGUGGGUACAGCUGAGCUCCUGUUUGAGCAGUUGCCAGGUGCAUGUGCAGUCCACACGGUCAAGACUUGCAAAGACCUGGCCUGUGUCUGGAGCUUUGCCGAAGAGCUACACUACUGGGAGGAGCACAAGAACUUCUAUGUUUGCGUUCACUGCAAUUGACGUUAAUAAUUAACCAUAGAUACCAAGAUUAUAAUAAUUCCAAUUUGGUCUUUGCACUAAGACUGACAUUCCCAAGUACUUUCUCUCUUUCUCAGUUGAAUUCUGAUCCUCAGCUAUAGCAAUGAGGAGGAACACUGGCUAACACUUAUUAUAAAGCAUGAUACUUACCAAAGACUGUUUUACCUGUUAAUCUAUUCUUUGUAAUGUAAACUCUGUGUUGCCUCUGAUAAUGUAAAUUAAACUUUGGGUCUUGAUACAUA